AUGUCGUGCGGCGACAUCUUCCUCGGGCUCAUCGCCAUUCUAUUCCCUCCGAUUGCAGUCUGGAUCAAAUCCGGCAUCUGCUCCUGCGACUCCCUGAUCAACAUUCUACUAUGCCUUCUCGGCUACCUGCCCGGGCUCCUGCACGCCUGGUAUAUCAUUGCCCGUAAUCCCGAGCAAAACUGGGACUAUGAGACCAUUCCGGACGCGGAGUCCCAGCGCGUCACGUACUACUAUAUCCGCACCGAGCCAGCCCCGCCACGAAGUUAUGGCACCGAAGGCCACGGUCGACCAGCCCCUCCGCCACCAAAGGCCAAGAGCCGUCCCUCGCAGCGGAGCGAUAACAACACCGGUGAUGCCAGUGGCAGACCGGCGCCGCCGCCUCCAAGUCAGCCCGCAGGACCAAGUGUAGGCGCAGGCAACGAGGAGCCUGGCGCACCCCCGAGCUAUUCUGAGGUGGUGAAGGGCGACAAUAAGAUCCAAUCACAGGCUUGA